UACAGCAGCAGCAGCAGCAGCAGCUACAGCUACAGCCACAGCCACAGCUAUAGCUAUAGCAGGAGAAGUCAGGAUCUCAGCACAAAGCCACCCUGCUUUGGGAGAAGCUCCCUGCAGACACCGCAUCGUCCCGGGGUACAGGGGAAGCCAGCCUGCCGGGGCCCGGGGGGCCGAGGCACUAAGGCCGGUGCCCCCUGAGACACAGAGCUCCCAACCCUGGCUGGGCGCGCUCCAUGUCUCCUCUGCUGCCCGAGUACGCGCGCUGACCGCGGCGUCCCUGACCGCCCCAGACAGACUAGCAGACAGAUGUUCCUUUCCCGCCGCUGCUGAGGCUCCCAACUUCUCCAAGCGCUCUGCAACUCUGGGGCGGCCCCCUUCUUCCUGAGAGCCUGGGAGCGCUCUCUCUCUCUCGCUGCGCGCUACCGCGGUCAGUUUGGGGAGGAUUCGCCCUCCGGAGCAGGAGAGCGGAGCUCAGAAUUCCAGACCCCCUCCUCCCGGCCACCCAACGGGGCGCGGCUGCUGAGAGUUGGGGCUUUGCUCGUAGACUCGGUGAACCGAAGAUUGGCUGGCACUUUGGCGAUAACUAGAUUCAUAUGUAUUUUAUGGAGCUCUUGCUCUCCGGCAGCAGUAGAACAGGCAGGCUGCUAUCGAGGGAGUGAAUCUGAAUUGUUUGCCUAGUCUCUGGGUCAGGGGGUAGACACUCCCAUGAGGUAACCCUGGCCUGUGACUGGCCUCUUCUCCCUCUUGGUGAAGCAAUGGGCCAGAAAAUCUCAGGGAGCAUCAAAUCUGUGGAUGUACGAGAGCCCCCUUACCAAUCAGUGAAACGAGACCUGAGGGGUCCCGACUUCUGCCGGCCAGCCCGCCUGGACCUGCUGUUGGAUAUGCCCCCAGCCCGGCCGGAGGUCCAGCACCAGCACGCCUGGAAUCCUGAGGACCGCUCGCUGAAUAUUUUUGUGAAAGAAGAUGACCGGCUGACCUUCCACCGGCACCCAGUGGCCCAGAGCACGGACUGUAUCCGGGGGAAGGUGGGCCAUGCCCGAGGCCUGCAUGUAUGGCAGAUUCACUGGCCUACACGGCAGAGAGGAACCCACGCCGUGGUGGGGGUGGCCACUGCCGACGCCCCGCUGCAUUCGGUGGGCUACACGGCCCUCGUCGGCAGUAACAGUGAGUCCUGGGGCUGGGAUCUGGGGCGCAACAGACUCUACCACAAUUGUAAGAAUCAACCCGGAGUGACCUACCCUGCCUUCUUAGAGCCAGAUGAGGCGUUUGUGCUUCCAGAUUCUCUGCUCGUAGUUCUGGACAUGGACGAGGGCACGCUCAGCUUCAUUGUGGAUGGACAGUACCUUGGUGUGGCCUUCCGGGGGCUGAAGGGGAAAAAGCUCUACCCAGUAGUGAGUGCCGUGUGGGGCCACUGUGAGAUCACAAUGAGAUACAUUAAUGGACUUGACCCGGAGCCCCUGCCCCUAAUGGACUUGUGCCGAAGAUCAAUUCGAUUUGCCCUCAGUCGGGAUCGCCUGCAUGAAAUAGAAUCUCUGCCUUUGCCUCAGUCUCUGAAAAACUAUCUCCAGUACCAAUAAGAAGCCUGAAGCCCUUCUGGACUCAAAAUAGACUAAAGCAAUGCACCCGGCACAAUGAAUUGUUUACAUCAGAAGCAAAGUCUCAGCGGACACUUGACCAUAAUUUAAUUUUUAAAAAAUAG